AGCUCAACUUGCAAGUUAUUAUUAAAUGUUGUCGUGUGGGUAUUGUGCACGACUAAUUGUUGGAUUUAUAAAAUCUCAGAUCAGAUACCAUAUCAUCUUAAUUCAUUCAUCCACAGAGAAAAUUAAGAGUUUGAAAAAAAAUGGGAAAUACAUUUGUAAUUUUGAAGCCAAUGAUUGAUGGUCUAAUGAAAGCUUUUGGAAUGACAUCCCAGUUAGUAGAAAUAGAAGCAGGAACUACAAUGCAUUUUUGGGUUCCAAACAACAAAUUAUCAAAUAAACCUCCAGUUUUAUUUGUUCAUGGAUUUGUUGCCAAUGGAAUUAUGACAUGGCUUUUUCAAAUACUCUCCUUAACUUCAGAUUUCGCUGUCUACCUACCUGAUUUACUUUUCUUCGGAGAUUCCAUCACUACUCGUUCUGAACGAUCAACAACUAUUCAGGCGGAAUUUUUAGCAAAGGGAAUGAUGAAGCUGGGUGUGGAAAAGUUUUCUCUUGUUGGGCUAAGUUAUGGAGGAAUGGUUGGGUUCAAGUUGGCUCAAAUGUAUCCUCACAUGGUUGAAUCUAUGGUUAUGUCAAGCACAAUUAUAGAAAUGACGGCAUCAAUUAGCAAUGCAUCUUUGAAAAAUAUUGGGUUCACUAAUUGGCCUGAUUUUCUUUUGCCUAAAACUGUCUCUGGAGUCAAAGUGCUUCUAUCUAUUGGUUCUCACAAAUUGCCAUGGCUGCCUCAAUUUUUCUACAAGGAUUUUCACGAGGCAAUGUUUAGCAACAGAAAGGAAAAAGUGGAACUUCUUGAAGCCUUAGUAGUCAAUGACAAAGACGCCACUAUUAAGACCCCUAACUACUCUCAGAAAAUUUAUAUUUUAUGCGGAGACGAUGAUAAGAUUUUUAAUAAGACGUUUUCUGAUGACAUGAAAGAGAAGUUGGGAAAAAAUACGACAAUUCAGUAUAUAAAGAAUGCAGGACAUCUGGUUCAAUUGGAGCGACCAUGCACUUAUAAUCAUUAUCUCAAAAAAUUCCUUUCAUCUUCGUGAUGUGAACUCAUGAACAUGUGACAAAAUCGUACAAUAACAAUUUAAGUUAAUUAUUUUGGUGAUGUUAAUCAGUAUUAUUACCUAGAAAAUAAUUGUUAUUAGGUAAUUGUUGGUGUCUUUAAUUAUUGCUUAAAGUAAUAUGCUGUUUUCUUAUAUCGAUGUAUUAA